ACAAACAAAAGCUUCCUAAGUUGUUUUUCUCUUACUUUCUUCUUCCCUUUCCCAACUUUUUCUUCUUACAACUCUUUAUUACCUUAUUUCCUCCAAACCUUGAACUACCUUCUCUUUACUUUACUUCCAUAAAAUAAAGUAGAUAGUUUUGUUGUGUCAAUCAACAUGGUGCUUGAAAAUCUUUGGUGUGUUUUCUCAAGUUUUUUGUUGAAGGUAAGUGCUAAGUUGUAGAGAGUAGAGACCAUGCUUUCAACACCUAGCUAGCUUUUCAUCUCAAAAACCAAAACCUAGAUCCUUACCUAUCUCUCUCUUUUCUAGCUCUUCUUGAUUUCUCUUUUUCAAUUUUCAAACAAUCUAGGGUUGUGACUUUGUGAAGAUAUUAUUGAUCUUGAAUCUUGAAAGAUAUUAUCUAGAGAAGAAGAAAACAUCAUGGAUCAAGUAAGUGCACAAGGUCGUCCUCUUCCACCUCCUUUUCUCACUAGAGACCUUCAUCUUCAUCCUCACCAUCAAUUUCACACCAACCACCAAACCAAUGAUGAGGAACAACAAAGUGGUAAUGGCAACAUGAGCCGAGGUCAAAAGCGAGAACGAAACAACAACAACAACGAUGACAUCAACAACACUCCUACCGGCGGAGAUGGAAAGGAUGAUGGCGGAAGUGGAAGCGGCGGUGGAGGUAGUGGCGGUGAGAUGGGGAGAAGACCAAGAGGAAGACCAGCAGGUUCGAAAAACAAACCAAAACCGCCGAUUAUCAUCACAAGGGAUAGCGCCAACGCGCUGAGAUCCCAUGUGAUGGAAGUUGCAAACGGAUGUGAUAUCAUGGAAAGUGUGACGGUCUUUGCGCGGAGGAGGCAGCGUGGUGUCUGCAUCCUCAGCGGAAGUGGGACCGUCACAAACGUGACUCUCCGUCAACCAGCAUCGCCUGGCGCGGUAGUCACACUUCACGGAAGAUUCGAGAUAUUAUCUCUAUCAGGCUCGUUUCUCCCGCCGCCUGCUCCACCAGCAGCGUCAGGACUAGCCAUAUAUCUUGCUGGUGGACAAGGACAGGUUGUCGGCGGAAGCGUGGUGGGACCGUUGUUGGCUUCCGGUCCCGUUGUUAUCAUGGCCGCUUCCUUUGGAAAUGCAGCAUAUGAAAGAUUGCCUUUAGAAGAUGAAGAAACACCAGUGAAUGUUCAAGGUAGUGGAGGAUUAGGAUCACCCGGAACUCUGAGUACUCAACAGCAGCAACAACAACAGCAACAACUUGUUCAAGAUCCUAACAGCACUUCACCACUUUUCCAUGGUGUUCCUCAAAAUCUUCUCAAUUCAUGCCAAUUACCAGCUGAAGGCUAUUGGGGUGGAAGUGUUCGUCCUCCAUUUUAACCAACAAAAAAAAAAGCUAUUCCCUUAAUCACUUCUCAAUCUCAUUAUGCUUUUCGUUUUAUCUUAAUUUGUUUUCUUUUUUUUUUUUUGUUCACCCUUUUAUUUUCUUUUUAUCACUUGUUCAUUCUCCUUCUCAUAACUUAGUUUAAAUUCAAGACUUUUUCUUUGAUCAUGUUAUUGACUCUCUCUCUCUCUCUCUACUUGGUGGUGUUGAAUUAAAGAAGGAUGUAUAAAUUCAUGAAUUAA